UCAGUUAUGCUUUGUUUUGUUAUCUCUGCAAUGACAACAAUUUCAUUAUAUUUUUAAAUUUAUUUAUAAAACAAGAUGGAAGUGAAUCCUUUAAGUAUAAUAUUGGUGAAAUCGGAUAGUAAAGGUGAUCGACUACUUUUUCGAUACCCAUACCGAAUGGAAGCACCCACAAUAAAUAAAGAAACAAAAAGACAAAAUCCUUAUUCUAUGCAAUUAUCUGAUGAUGUUCUUCAAAGCUCUUCUUCUCAGACAUCAAACAUAAUUAAAGGGCAAUUAACUGGUUUUUCUGAUGAAGUUUUGUCAACAUUAUUCGCUGUAAAGCAAGAACUAUGUAACAAAAAAUUUGAGUUAAAAGUGAAUGAUGUGCGAUUUGUAGGGCAUCCUGCCUUGAUGCAAGCAAACAAUAAACAACAAGACGAACGACAAGGUCAAACUUCAACAUCACAUAUAUUAAUCAAUAUCGUUUUUGCUUUAUACGCUCAAGCAAGUUAUUCGAUUGUAAAAUGUUAUUAUGAAUUAAGUAAAAAAUUAGGUUAUGCGUUGAAUUACGAAGAGAAUCGCGUUGGGUAUCUAUCAGAUGAAAUGAAUUUAAUGGUGAAAACUCACGACGAAGUGGCAGCAACACAAGAACAUGAGGAAAUCACAAAUGAAGUAACAUCGAACACAGAAAAUGUUUCGUCUUUUGAUUUAGUUCUUGAAAGGUCAACCUUAGCACAAUGUUUAAAAACAGUUUAUCAAGAUUUAUGCACAAAUGGCCUACUAAAUAUUACUAUUAAUCAAUACGUUAUAUUAAGUUUUUGUCUUCCACAAAAGGCUCAUCAAUUUCAUAAAAAGGGUGUUAUCGUAGAGCCAGAAACUAUUGACAGGUGCCUUCAAUCUUUAAAGCCUUACCAUGGCAUGCUUUUAUUGGUAGAAUUUGCUGAACUUCUAGAUUGUGUUCCACCAACUGGAGCAAGGCUCCUUCUACAACUUAUAGAAGUAUACAACCCAUUUAAGAGUUUACAAUUAAUGGCUGCCGACGCAGAACUUUCUAUUGAAAAUGUGUAUCAAUUAGUUGGGCACUUAGUUUAUUGGGCGAAAGCUACGAUUAUUUAUCCAUUGUGCGAAACAAAUGUUUAUGUAAUAGCCCCUGAUGCGCCUCUAUAUACAAAUUCACCUUUAGUUGAAAAAUUUUCUGCAAGAUUCCCGGGGAUGUCUCUUUUCGAAGUAAUAAGUGAUUUUUCUCUACCUACUUCAAUUGGUCAUCUUACGACACCAUUGCAACAACCAGCAAGGCAAGGUAUUUUAGCACAAAUGGUAUUGUGGAUGCUUCAAAAUCAUUUAUUGAUGCAGUUACAUACUUACGUACAAUUUAUGCCAAAUGAUCAUGGCGAAUGUGAAGAAAUUUCUGGCGCUGAAUAUGAUCUUGGACCUUCAGAUGAACUUGCUGAAGAUAACCGAAGCUUAACCCCAAUAGAGGACGAGUUAAAUGCUGGGUCUUUAAUGAGUCUUUCAAGUCAACCUUUGCCAGUUCCUCCAAAUACAAGUCGAAGAUCUAUUACAGAUGAACACUUUUCUGUAGGUGAUUCAACAGUUUCUGAUAAUAUAGCUGUGCAACCAUCUUCAAGCCAUAAAUCCAAUUUUAGUAUGUCAUUUAGUACGGAAAACUGCGACAGUAUAGAUUCGAUUGAUGAUGAAGAAAAAAUUAAAGAAUUGUUGAAUGCUUUUCAAGAACCAGAUAGAUCAGCUGUAAGAAGGAUACCAGCCGCUUCCAAUAUAGAUGAUUUAUCACUUAUGGUAAAACUUUGGCAAGCGGGUUACUUUAAGGGGGAUCAUCAUUUGGAAGAAAUAAUGUAUUUUGAAAAUUUGAGACGUUCCCAACUUUUACAACUAUUAGAUAAAUUUCGUGAUGUUUUAAUCAUAUAUGAAACAGAAGAUCCUGCAAUUGCAUCAUUAUAUUCCCAAAGUUAAUAAUAAUAAUAACAAUAAUAUUUACGUACUUUGAUUUGUAAGAAUAUUAAAUUCAUUUAAUUUAAAAACAAAGGUAUUUUUUAAAGAAAUAUUGUUUAAAUAAGGAAAUUAUAUAAUAUGAAAUUAUAAAUACAUACAAAUGUAACAAAUGGUAUACAAAAGCAUAAUAGCAAUAUUUAAGUGAUUUCAUUUUAUGUACUCUUAUGACAUAAUUGUUAUAUUUAUAUACCUACAUACCUUGUUUUAGA